AUGUUAGUAUACUGCCCGGGCACUGCUCUAGAGCCUCGACUUCCGAUGUCGAAUCAUGCUGGUCUAUCAUGCUCAUAUGGUGGAAAGCCCAAUUUCCUUCACGCCGGCGACCAUGUGCAUCUCGGUCCUGGAGUGUCUGCCACCCGGCAAACCAAUCCGGCGGUCGAUCUUCACCAUCUACCGCGUAUUGACUUGGUCUUGCUAUCUCACUAUCAUGGAGAUCACUUCGACCAAAAAGUCGAGGCUUCGCUGAGGCGCGACCUUCCAAUCAUCACAACACCCCAUGCUCAUAAGCAACUGACGGGUAAAUCUGCCGACUCAUUUACCAAUGUCACUGCACUGGAUCACUUUGAAUCGACUGCCGUGAAGAUCAACAGCAACGAGUCUCAGGGACGCCACCAGAUCCGAGUGACGGGUAUGCCGGGAAAACAUGUACCGAGUCAUUCAAUCGUCGACAGUCUCAACUCUCUAGUUCAAGCUAUUCCACCCACAAACGGCUGGAUGGUCGAACUCGGUGGGGUUGACCCCAACGACGCAGAAAAGUUCACCUGCGGCUACAGAAUCUACAUCACCGGAGACACUCUGCUGGUCGAUGAAUUGAAAAAGAUUCCGGAACUCUACCGUAACGAGCGCAUCGAUCUGAUGCUGGCACAUCUCGGAGGCACAACCGUGCCCUCGCCGUCCCUUGGACCUCUUGCCUUGAUGGUCACCAUGGAUGCGAAACAGGGUGUGCAGCUGAUCCGCCUGAUCCAGCCAGACUUGACGAUUCCCAUUCAUUACGAUGACUAUGAUGUGUUUGCCAGUCCGCUCAAGGAUUUCAAGGCUGAGAUUGAAAUGGCUGGGUUGCAAGACAAGGUUGUAUAUCUGGAUCGGGGGGACAAGUUUGGCUUUACCGUGAGAGAGGCUUAG